ACCCCCCCAACACACACAGAGACACACACAGACACAGAAACAACAAUUCACUCUUUUAAAGCUAAAACAAUCUUCCACAUAUAGACCGUGAUUCCACCACGACCGGACCUCAUGGAGUCCUUGAUGGAAUCUGACAUCACCGCCGUUGAUUUCAACGACACCGAGCUCACCUUAAGGUUGCCUGGCGGCGACGCUCCCCCUCCUCCUACAUUCAUCGGUCGGAGCGGUUAUGUGAAACGUGGACACUUUGAGACCGUUGAUCUAAACCUGGGGAGGUCUGGCAACUUGCCACGUGGAGAAGCUUUUGCCAACGAUGAUGAUGAAUCUGAGUCUCAGUCAUCCGGCACCGGAAAAUCACCCGCAGCUAAUAAGGUACAAGCAAUUGGGUGGCCGCCGGUGAGGGGGUUUAGAAAGAAGGCUUUGGAGAGUUGUGCUACUACUACGUAUGUGAAGGUGGCCGUAGAUGGAGCUCCGUAUCUGCGGAAGGUAGACCUGGCCGCAUACGAUGACUAUCAAGACUUACUUAUGGAAUUAAAGAAAAUGUUCACUUGUUUUGCAAACACUAGUGACGAGAGAAAGCUUAUGGAUAUGAUGAGGGGAAUUGAAUAUGUGCCGACGUACGAAGACAAGGAUGGUGAUUGGAUGUUAGUUGGAGAUGUUCCUUUUAAGAUGUUCAAAGAAUCAUGCAAGCGUAUUCGAUUGAUGAAAAGCUCUAAAUCUCUUGAAAUAGAUUGCUAGUUUGAGAGAGAGAGAGAGAGAGAGAUAUGAAAAGAUGCAUGUACAUAGAGCAAUCCCCUUUUUUCCUUGCUUUACGGGACGAUCAUAUUAGAGAAUAAUGGAAAAAUGAAGGAGAGAUGUGAAUGUAGAUUUUGUUUUUGUGUUUUUAUUUAUUUGUUGCAGCUUCAAUACUCAUUUUC